AUGCCUCCUAAAGGAGCUAGCACAGCAAAAGUACCCAUGAGGUUGCCACCACUGCCCAAAUUGAGGGUAAGGAGACCAAAUCAGACUGAUUCAAACCCAUGUCUGGCUAUCAUGACUUCUGUUCUCACAUGCUGGGCGUCUUCCGGAUAUAAUGUAGCGGGAUGCCAGGCCCUUGAAACGCAAUUGAGAACUUGUAUGGAUGCGCCCAAAGCCGCAGCACAGAAGAAGAACACGAUUAAUUAUCACUUGUCACGGAUGUAUCCCAAGAUUGUUGGACCACGUAAGAAGAAAUGA